AUGUCACCUAGUUUGUAUUCCUACAGCCCUUUACCCAUGGUGAGCUGCUUGAGGGAAUCAAACCUGCGAGACAGCAGGCUGUGGCUGGUCUUCCUGCUCUGCCUGUUGGUGGUGGGUCUGCUGGUGUCUCUGAUCAUCUUUGCUGUCAAGGCCAACAGCAAGGGCUGCAAGGAUGGCCUCCGAGCACAGCAGGAAUGUCAAAACCAAACGGACCAUCUGCAGCACCAGCUAACUGUGGCCCAGGAGGUCUUACAGAGGACCAAGGCCCAGUACACCGUUUGCAACCAGACUGUGGAGAACCUACGAGAUUCUCUGGAGAUGGAGAAGACGCAAAGUCAGAAGCAGCUGAAGGAGCUUCAGGGAGAGAUCAAGAGAUUGAAUCAGAAGCUGCAGGAGGCUUCGGAAGAGGCGGAGCGACUAAGGAAGGAGUUCAGGAGAACAACAGUCAACUCCGGCAGCUUCAGCUGCUCCAGCUCUUCGAGCCUCCUGUUCAUUGCAGUCGUGGUCCUGGGCCUCAAUGCCCUGCUGACCUGA